AUGAACGGCAGCACGGGCAACCUCACCGGGGGAAUUCGAAACUACUCCACGGUGUACGAGAGUUUCUGGCCGUGUUUUCUCUGGCACACGGAGAACAACACGGAGUAUGACCUGGCCGUGGCUGCGUGCUCUCAUCUCCCCAAUCCGUUUCUGGGCGAGAACAAGAAAGUCGGGAUCGCCUCCGCCGCUGUCGGGACAGUCGCUCUUCUCACGAACCUCGUGGUUCUGUCCGGUGUUCUGAAAAACUACGAACUGUCGAAACCCAUGUACAUGUUCGUGGCAAACCUGGCUAUGGCGGACUGCUUGGCGGGUUUGUUCUCGUUCUUCUUCUGCGCCAGUGUCCAGUUGGAAUUGUUUUCACCGUGGACAAUGAUGGGCGUAUACUGUACCUACUUUUUGGUGUUGGUCUCAUCAGCAGUUGGUGUGGUCCUCCUGUCCGGGGACCGUUAUCUGGCCAUCCUCCACCCGAUAUUCUACCAGACCCGCAUGUCUGGGCGACACGUUGCCGUGAGUUUGGGGAUCGCGUGGCCAGCUUGCGUGCUCGUCUGCCUGUCUCCUCUCAUGGGCUGGAACUGCGGCAGUACGGACACAGAGUCCUGCUUAACGUUCCUGCCCGAAGGUUACCCGAUUCUGAUCAACACCAUCUUGUUGACGGCCGUAGUGAUAGUGGUCUUCGUCAACAUCAGAAUCUUCAUCGAACUGAAGCAGCGCUUCUCCAGACUGGGUCCCCCCGAGAACCCUCGAGACGAUCUGCCCGCCGCACGGCGCAGGGAACAGCGAGUCGCCGAAAGACAAUACGAGCAGCUACAGAUGGUAUGGAAGAUGCAGGUGACCGUUGUCAUCAUUUCAGCGGUGUUCAUCAUCUUCUGGCUGCCGAUCUGUAUCGGGAGUGUGCGGGUCCUCUUGUGCUCCGCAAGCGAAGACUGUGAGGUAGAGGCUAAGCCGUUCUGGGGGUUCCUGAUCGCGCUGUGCAAUUCGGCGAUCAACCCGGUCAUCUACGCACUCAGGAUCAAGAAGAUUCGGGAAGCCGUGCAUCGUAGGGCCCGACGACUCGCCAACGCGGUUCGGGAGAAAUUGGGGCGGUCAUCGAACCAAGUGGUCAACAUUCAGAUUAUUGGAGGUGCGGGGACAAUGAACGCUGUUGCUGGACCGAGUACGUACAAUCGGACUGACCAGCCGGCUAAAUGGGCGGUCAGUCGAAGAGUAGAUCCCGGAAACGAUCCGAGCUCAAGCCGUGUUGGAGAUGCGAGGGCAAUGGACGUUGUGGCUGGACCGAGUACGGAUAAUUGGACUGACCAGCCGCACAAAUGGGCAGUCAGUCGAAGAGCAUCAAACCGUGCUGGAGUUUCCGGGACAAUGGACGCUGUGGCUGGACCGAGUACGGACAAUCGGACUGACCAGCCGCACAAAUGGGCAGUCAGUCGAAGAGUGGGUCCCAGAAAGGCACCGAGCCCAAGACAUCUAAAUGUGCUCUUCUCGGCCUCUCCAAGGUCGGUGAAGAUUCCCGGUUUAGCCGUCUCAAGCAGCGAGGAAGACACCGACUGA